AACUUCCUGUAGUAAAUAGAUUUGCCGCCAUCGUGAAAGCUAUGUGAUAGAUAAGACCGAGAUAAGUGGCCCGGCGGACAUCGAAUCAACGCUUUGUCACUCGACCAGAGUGAAGACUAUCAUCAAUUCCGAAAUAACUCCGAAUAAACUGGCAGCGGGUCAGGUGUUUCAUUACCCAAACUAGGACCCUUCAAGCUGCAAAUAUUCUCCUUUGUUAGUAUCAGUAACUGCAGUUGAUGGACAUGAAGUUGCCAUUCUAGAGAGUAAUACUUCAAGUCCGCAACAGAGGUGAGAUCUCAGACUGGAAAACAAACAGGAUUAUCUCAACAUUAUUGACAAUGAGCUGGUGGAUAUUCCACAAUCAGCCUUUUUAAAAUUGACUUGAAAUGGUGAAAUAUUUAAAAAGUCUGCAUAACACCCCCAAAGCUUUAGUGUUUAUGCAGUGAAAAAAAAAGAUAAAUCUGUUAUAGUGAUUAAAAUAAACUAAAUGUGACAAAAGAAGAAAAAACUAACAGAAAAAUCCAUAUAAUAUAAAUAAACAUGGAAAAUUAAUCCAGUUGUUAAGCAUAUCACUAAAUAUAGACCAUAUCGCAACAUAUGCUCAUCUUACUUUUAGAAAACAAAGGCUUUUCAAAAACAGGUGAUGGGAUGGCAACCAAGACAGAGAAGCAGACAUCCAUAAAAGAAGAACCAGAGCAUGUAGAAAUGCAGGUGAUGUUUAGAGGAGGAUCUAAAGAGAGUAGCUCUCAAAGAUGUAAACAGGAAAGGGGGACUGAAAGUCCCUACAAUCUGCUGCCAGAGAGAAGAGAAAAAGCUGCUUCUGAUAAAAUGCAAAGCAAAACUGGUCAGUGCAAGGAAGGGAAUUUAAAACGUCUUGACCAAAUAGUAAUCCAGCAACUCAUCCACAUCGGAGAAAGUAAAAUUACCCCUAAAAAACAGGAAAACAGCUUCUGCCAGAACGUAGGCAUCAAUAGGCCUCAAAUUCUCCAUUUAGGAGAGAAGCCAUAUCUCUGCAUCAUUUGUGAAAAAACUUUCCGCAACCACUCAGGGCUUAUGGUCCAUCAGAGAAUCCACACAGGGGAGAAGCCGUAUAAAUGCCCUGAUUGUGACAAGAGCUUCAACCAGCGAUCCCAUCUCACCUCUCACCAUGGGACCCACACAGGUGAGAAGCCAUUUAAAUGCUUUGACUGUGGGAAGAGCUUCAGCUACAACUCUGGGCUCAUCAUACACCAACGAAUUCACACCGGGGAGAAACCGUAUAAGUGCUCCAACUGUGAGAAAAGCUUCAGCCAAAAAUCUCAUCUCCUUUCGCAUCAGAGGACCCAUAUGGGAGAGAAAUCUUUCAAAUGCCCUGACUGCGGGAAAAGCUUCAGUUACAACUCUGGUCUCGUAAUACAUCAACGGAUCCACACUGGGGAGAAACCAUAUAAAUGUUCUGACUGCGGAAAGAGCUUCAAUCAGAGAUCGCACCUUAUUUCUCAUCAAGGCAUUCACACAGGGCAGAAGCCGUACACAUGCCAGGAUUGUGGCAAGAGUUUUAGCUUCAAUUCUGGGCUUGUUAUUCAUCAACGGCUUCAUACUGGAGAGAAACCGUAUAAGUGUCCCAACUGUGGGAAGAAUUUCAAUCAGAAAUCGCACCUCAUUUCUCACCAGAGAAUCCAUAUUGGGCAGAAAACUUAAAUUCUAAAGACAAUUCUGUACAGGUUAUUAAUAUUAGCAUCGUCUUUUGCUCCCUGAAUAGUAGCUUUGGAAGAACAAUGUGUGUUGUCAUCUGUAUGUCCAGAAGCAGUGGACUUAUUUUAGGAUUUUGAAAUUCUAUUUGUACUUACAGGUUCAAUAUUUCAAAAUGUGAAGCAAAAAGAAAAGUGACAGCCAAGAGCAAUGGAUAUAGAACAAGAGGACUGAGGUCAGGGGUUAAUAAGGCUACAAGAAGUACAAAAAUGCCAGAAAGCUAAGACUUAUUCAUUUUUCAAUUUUAUGAGAAAAUAACAUUGUAGUUUGAAAUGUAAAAGAUUUAUUAGUAACUACAGGAAAAUGCUUUAAAAUGAUCAUCAAUGUGUCACUAUAGAUUCUUAGCCCGUGCAAAAUAUAUAGCCCUCUUUCCAAAGUCUCAUCAAGGCAUAGAGAGAAACAGGGUAGGUGGACCCUACUGCUGAUGCUCUGUCCUUGAUGCUUUGUUCCUUUUUGGCUUGGGAGUUUGCUAUGCUUAGAUUUGAAAGGAAAACCUUAUAUUUCUACAAAAAAAAAAGUCAUAUCACAUGGAAUGCUGGAAUAAAGAUGUGAUACAGAGGUAGUUGCCACAGGCCAAUCUUUGUUCCUUUACAAUACAACACUAUAUUGUAUGGAGGCCACUUUGGAAUUUAAAAGUGUAGUAAAUCAAGAAUUCGCCCUUGUUAAUCUCUAGAUUUUCUCUAAUGCUUUUUAUAGGAGGUUGACUGUGCAGACUUCAGUAUUUAGAGAAUGCAUCAAGGUUACAAAUCCAAGUUAAAGUAUACAUAGCUUUAGUUUUGUUCAAUUUAAUUGGUUAGAUGUGCUUCUGAGCAUCAUCCAAAGUGCUGCUUAUUGGCUAUAUUAUUCAAGAUUGCCACAUGAGGCUGUCCCCUCCAGUGAUCCUCAGGAACCCUGUUAUUUGCCCUUGUGUGACACCAAUAUGUGGAAUUCCCUGCUCCAAGUGAUCGGUUAACCCUUUAUUUAGUAGUGGUCAACAUUCGUAUUUUUAAAGAAACAUUUUGUUCUACCUCUCUUUCCAUAUCUUUUGUGAUUUUAUUUUAAUUUUUGAAUAUUUGAUCUAGGUUCCAGAUUGUUUUUAGAUCAUUGUUGUUAUUUUUGUUGUUAUUACUACAUUGGAUCCAGACUUAGUUGCACUUAAAAAACCCCCACUGAAAUCAGAGAGGGUUAAAGUAACUGUAACCAACCUGUACCACUGUUUGAAUGUGCGUAUGUGUAACCAUGACAGGUGUAUGGCUUUCUUCACUGUUGUUGGGCUCCAAUUUUCAACAGCUCUUGGCAUUAUGGUCACCAGUGAGAGAUGAUAGAAAUUGCAGCCUAAAAACAUCUGGAAGGCCAUUGGUUACCCAGUCUUGGACUGCUAUAGUAUUGGAUGCUGUCUGCUGCCCUGAGACCAAGGGGCUGAAAAUAUUAAAUGUAAAUAUUAAGUCAAUUGUAAAUAUUAAGUCAGGCAGUAUUACGUUUUUAAACAUUGAUCAUUACAGCUUAAUCGCAGCAACUCUUCUGUACAUAUAACAUUGCUGAUUAGAAUGGUGUAUAUGGUAGUUUUUAAAGUACUGAAAAAUGUUUCCUUGCAAUAAGUGGGGAGUGUACAAUGCUAAAAUGCAUUUUUAAAAAGAGAUUCUGAUGCUGGUUGCUUGUUUAGAUUUUUACUUUUUACCAUUUUCUCUCCCUCAUUUUAGGCUAGGACAGUGGUGAAAUCCAAUUUUUUUUACUACCGGUUCUGUGGGUGUGCCUUGGUGAGCGUGGUAUGGCUUGGCGUGGAAGGGAAGGGUACUGCAAAAUCCCCAUUCCUUCCCCACUCCUUGGGGAAGGAUAUUGCAAAAUUUCCAUUCCCACCCCACUCUGGGGCCAGCCAGAGGUGAUAUUUGCUGGUUCUCCGAACUGCUCAAAAUUUCCACUACUGGUUCUCCAGAACCUGUCAGGAUUUCACCCCUGGGCUAAGACCAAGGUUGACAGAACAGUUGGCUACAGUUCAAUUCUUAAUUUGCUUACACCCAAUAGACAAAAUCUUGCCAGACCAAACCCUUACUACUCUUACCUUAACAGAUAUAACUUCAGAGAGUCUAAGGAGUAGCUAAUCUUAUUCUCUUCUUCUGUCUCUUAUCCAGCUCCGGACUGGGCUGCCUCUUGUCUCGUUCUUCUUUCCAAAUGUGUUCCUGGGAAACUACAACUGCACUGUAGUCCAUCACGCUAACUCCCCCUUUGAAGGCACUCUCUCUCACCCCUCCUCAAAAUCAAAUGUAGCCAUUACAACCCCAAGAGAAUUUAUUUGCUUGAAUUAACUUUCUAAUAACACAAGUAAAAUAGUUUUUUUAAAAAAAUAACAAAAACCUGGAACCAUGCAGAAGACACUUUUCACGUACCACAUGGUUGAAACUUUGACAAUAGUUAUCUUCAGAACAGUUUUUCCUGCUAAUCUGAGUAGUCAAGUUCAUAGCAAGAGAGGUGAUCCCAUACACCAGGGCUGUCAAACUCAAGGCCUGGAGGCCAAAUCUGGCCUGUGGGGUGCUUAGAUCUGGCCUGCGGAGCCACCCAGGAAACAGCGAAGGACAGAUUCAUGGUGCCUCUGUCAGUGAAAAUGGAGCUCAGGAGCCCAUUUACUCUGGCAGAGUGCUUGGGCCGCCACAGGCCCCCCCCGACACGAGUGACAUCAAGCUGGCCACGCCUACCCCGGCCCCCUGAGGUCAAACACAACCCUGAUACGGCCCUCAAUGAAAUCGAGUUUGACACCCCAGCCAUAGAGUAUCAAGCCCUAAGCUGUGCAGGGUUUUAUGAGUCAUUACUGCCCUUGAAUUAUUCCUUUUGUUUAAAUACAAUUUUUAUUAAAAUUUUUAUAUAAGAAUGCCUUGAAUUAUUCCCAGAAAACGCCAGCAAUUGUUGAGAAUCAUACGAUUUCUAUACACUAUGGCGGUCAGCAGCCUAGCUGCCCUGCUUGGUAGUAUUUGCAAUAUCUAGACCCUUUUCAAGAAGAGCCUCACAUGCAACACAGUUAAGGCAGAUGGUCAACCUUGCCAGAGUCCAGCUGGCUCAGGAAGUGUCGCAUUUGAUGCAGUGGCUUGUAACUGUGCAAACAUUCUUCUUGCCAAAUUUGCCGUCUGCAAGUCCUGUGACAGAUGGAGAUCGAGGGGCACUUCCAGACCCUCCCAACCUACUCCUGGGGGCUGCAACCUUGUGCAGAGCAAGCUUCUCUCUAAUCCCAGAGUCCUACUUUUUCCAUACCAACAGCAGCUCCGAUUUGUCUGGAUUUAAUUUCAACUUGUUUUCUCUCAUCCAGCCUACUAUCAGGGUUUUAAGCAACAUUUAGGGCUACUGAUUCUUUCCUUGAAAAUUGGGUACAGUAGAGCAGGAUUUCCUAUGGGUAAGACUGGAUGAAUUCCUCCCAGUAAUGUCAUGUAGAGAUCUUAGUAAUAAGUCGUGUUUGAUGUUGAAAUCUAUUUGCAAUCUAUUUGAGUGUGUGUGCGUGUGUGUAGCUGAGAACAAGAAGUGUAUUGUUGCCCACUGAAUGCUAAUAUAUCUCAGCCUUUCCUUACUCAGUGUCAGUUAAAUGACUAAUGGAAUAUGGAAGUUAUAAUUGAGCACAUUUGGAGAAUACCAGAUAGGAGAAAGCAGCCUAGUAAAUAUUUCCUGAUAUAACAUUUUAGGAGUCAUACCAAUUGUCCUAUAAAAAAAAAUAAAAGGAAUGCCAAUAGAAAUAAAAAUCUGGGGAGAGAAUGUGGUUACUUUUUAGCGGUUUUAAAAAAAUUCUUCAGUGCAUGCUAUCAACUUUAGGAGUCAACCAUGUGUAGCAAUGAGGCAAGAAUUCAAAAGGCUUUGACAUUUAUAGAUAGUCCUUAAUUUACAACCACAGUUAGAACUGGAAUUUUUUGUCAUAAAUUGAAUGGUUGUAAAUCAAGUCAUGGCAUGAUCAGACCUAAUUUUAUGACCAUUUUUACCAAGGUCAUUAAGGAAAUCCAACUUUCCCAGUUUUUUGGGUUUUUUUUGUCAGAAAUCAGCUGGGAAGAUCACAAAUUGGUAUCCUGUGACCGCAGAAUGCUGCAACUGGUCAUAAAUGUGGAGUUAAGUGUUACUCUCCCACAAGGCUGUCUUAACUUGAAACCAUCUUUAAAUGAAUGGUUGUAAGUACAACCAUGUAUCUUAGCAAGAUACUAAAAUAUUAGUGACUACAUUAUUCUGCCCAUAAAGUGUAAACUCUUAGAAAAUUAUUACUAAUUUUAAAUGGUCUUUUCACAGUGUCUUGUCAAAUGCAAUGUCUUGGAUAUCUUGCUCAAUAAAAAUAUAAUUUC